AUGGCUACAGGGAGGAUCCCAUUAGAGGUUGGUACACGAGGAACCAUAGGAUCACUCCUCAAGAGGGAGAUUGAGUACUUCAGAAAGCUGGACACGGAGCCCGGCGACAGCAAGAUGAAUUCAGACAGACAAUGUCAAGAAAUGAAGAUGGAUGGAUGUCCCUCUUGGCCUAGUUUCAGAUUCUCGCGGGUUCCUUGGAAGAGAAAGAAGAGACGGAGUAGUGGAAUCACACCAGGGAUUUGCUCUUUGGUGGAAGUUGCAAACAGCCCCAGACUAGAUGAAAUCCCCGGAUUCAGUUAUCAAAAUCUCAGAGCUGAUUCCAAGAGAUAUGAUGUCUAA